CUCCUGCCGCCUGUCGCCCGCGGGCCCGGCCCUUCCCAGUCCUUCCCGGCCCCUCCGGCCGCCGCGCGCGCCGGGCUCCCCGCGCCAGCCCCGGGCGCGCUCACGUGGUCCCGAGCGGCCGCCGAGCCGCCGCCAAAAUGGCAGCGCGGCGCUUCCCCAGCCGGGUCACGGCGUCCCCGCGCAUGCGCCGCGGCCCCGCGCCGGCCCCGCCCCGCCAAUUGUGCGGGCUCCGCCGCCGAGACGGGGCCGGCCCGGCGUGGUUCCGGAGCGGCGGCGCCGCUGCCCGGUGCCGGCGGCGGGCGGGAAAGAGCGGAGAGCCAUGGGGUUGCGCAGGGCCCGCCGGGUCUCGCGCGGCGGAGCUCUCCCGCCUGGGCGCCGGGGCACGGGCGGGGCGGGGUGGUCCCACCCCCGCGGGCGGAGCCGGGUCCGGUCGACAAGAUGGCGGCGGGCCUGAGGGCGGUGAGGCGCUGGGUGCUGGUGGCGGCACCACCCAGCCUUGCUUUUUCUCGUUCUGCAUCUGUUGUGAGCAAAGCAAAUAAUGCCCAACCAAACUGGCUGGGAGUUGGCUUGGCGUUUGGCACCAGUGCUGCCUUGUGGGCUCUUCUUAUCAAGCAGCAUAAUGAAGAUGUAAUGGAAUAUGAAAGAAGAAAAGCGAGAGCACAAUGUAGACAAUGUUCAUAGCUGAUGACAUGGUCACAAGGAGAUGUGCACUACAGGGCCAAGUAUAUGUGGUCGUUGUCCUAUGAAUAAGUGAGCACAGCAGAAGUAAAAAGUUACCUAAUUACUUGUAUGUUCAUACAUUUCAUGUGCAUAAUUAAAAAUAAAUUAUAAAGUCUUGAAGAAACCUGAAACUA